AGAAGUUUGGGUGAACGGGAUACGGACAUACGACGCUGCUAGCAAAAAGAAAUUCACAAUGCAUGUUUGGUACCAGUACUCACUUCAUGACUUACCGGCGUAUUCACUUUUCAUGGGGUGGUCUGUGCAUGGGAGGUUCCCAUGCCCAAGGUGCAAGGCAUCCAUGAAGUGCCGUUGGUUGUAGCAUGGUCGCAAGUAUUCUUGCUUCGAUUUUCAUAGACAACAUUUGCGUCCUGACCAUCCAUUCAGACAAGACAAGAAGAACUUCAUGAAAGGUGAAGUCGUUGAACACUCGACACCACCUGAGAUGACGGGUGAACAAAUUCGUGAUCAACUAAAUGCUCUCCAGCCUGAUCCCAAUUGUCUAGGGUAUUUCUUGGGAUAUAACGAAGAACACGCGUGGACUCAUAAGCCAUGCUUAUGGGAUCUCCCCUACUUCCACCAGCUUGAGCUUCCACAUAAUAUUGAUGUAAUGCACACUGAAAAGAAUAUCGCCGAGGCCAUUUUUGGCACAUUGUUCAACAUUGCUGAGAAGACGAAGGAUAAUACUAAGGCUAGACUUGAUGUAAUGAAGCUAUGUGAUAGACCCGAACAAAACUUGCGACAACCCGAGGGCAAGAAAAACUGGAGGACACCAAAGGCGAGGUUUGUUCUUACUAGGGAACAAAAGAAGGAGAUACUCAUGUGGUUCAAAACUUUGUUGUUCCCUGAUGGGUAUGCAGCGAACCUUAUGAGGGCAGUGAAUCUUGAUAAAUUGAAGCUCAACGGGAUGAAGAGUCAUGAUUGGCACAUAUGGCUUGAGCGGUUAAUGCCGGUGAUGAUUCGAGGCUAUAUCCCUGAGGAUGAUUGGGAAAUAUUGGCAGAGCUUAGCUAUUUCUUCCAUGUUCUUUGUGCUAAAGAAGUAUCUCCUACUGUGAUAGAUGAGAUGGAAGAACGGGCCCCCGAGUUGCUCUGCAAGCUAGAGAAGAUCUUUCCACCAGGAUUCUUUAAUCCCAUGGAACAUAUGAUUUUACACCUCCCUUCCGAGGCAAGAAUGGGUGGCCCUGUGCAGAAUAGUUGGUGCUAUGGAGUUGAGAGAAUGCAGAAGACUCUUCAAGCUAAAUGUAGAAAUAAAUGUAGAAUUGAAGCCUCCAUAGCCGAGGCAUUCUUGGCGGAGGAGAUUACAAACUUCACGACAUCACGCUAUGCGGCCAAUAUUCCAAGCUUGCAUAAUGCAAAGUCUCGAUACAAUACUGGCGACCCUAAACAUGAAUCCAAGCUCAGCCUCUUCAAAGGGCAACUCGGACCUGUGGGUGCUUCUGGUUCAAAGAAUUUGGAUCCGAAAGAGUGGAAAUCUCUUACGUUGUAUAUCCUCACCAACCUUCAAGAAGUGCGGUCGUACAUUGAUGAAUUCAUUGCCCAAUUCUCGAAUGGAGGGGUCGAACGUGAUUCACUCGAAGAGUAUGAGCUUCUUGCUGGUGAAGGAGAUGACAAUUAUGGUUCAUUUCUUGGUUCAGAGAAAAGGAUACGUCAAUAUUGGACAAAGAGUUGAAACAAGUUGCUAAUGGGUUUGACUAUAAGGUCGGUACAUUUGAUAAAUACGACAUCAAUGGGUAUCGCUUCCGCACACAUGGGAACGAGGAACGUCGGGACGUUCUAAAAUCAAGAAACACGGGAGUGUCGGCUAUUUGCAAUGGAGUUGAGUAUUAUGGAAGACUUGAUGAAAUAUACGAACUGCAUUACUUUGGGGCAAAUCCUUCGAAAGUCGUUGUCUUCAAAUGCCAUUGGUUUGAUCCGGAGAAGGAUUUCUAUAGAUGCGAGGAUGGAAAGUUGGAGGAGGCACGAGCGGUUGUCAACGGACAUUGCCCGAAGCUUGUGCAUAAUUUGAUGCAUGAGGCGCGCCCUUUAGCCGACCGCAAAUAUAUGGCAACUCAAGGCUAUAAGAGUCUUGAUAAGAAAGCCAGUAGGAGACUCCGUCUUGAGAAGGACAAGUACAUGCAGGUUACUCCUAGAUGGUGCGUCGAUAAGGGGGAGUGUUGGGAGCGGAUCGUGGACUAUUGGUGUUCCAAAGAGUAUAGGGCGAAAAACAAAGAUUAUAGAAAUCGGCGAGCCGGAAUGCUGGAUCCACCACAUCAUCAAGGCAACUUGAACGUUAUGGAGUUCGGUGAACGUUGGGCGUCUCACCAUAAUGCUCCAGUGCCCAACCUUUUCGUCUCGUAUGCUUUAGCCCAUAAGGCACCGUACAGAACAGCCACGCCUUACGAUGAGAAUGACGCAGCGUCCGCGUACUCCAGCAAGACCGCAUACGAUCGGAUGGAGAAAUUUAAAGGGGUGGCAAAAGAGUUGAAAGGGCCUGAGUAUGAUGUGACAACAGAGCCUCUUGACCACGCGUUGGUCAUGAUCUCUGGAGAAGGCAGGAAACAUGGGAAGGAAGCAAUUGCAGGAGGCAUGUUCCCUAGUUCCUCCCGUAGCUCUCUCCCUGAAUACAAAGCUCGGUUAGGUAUCUCAAAAUCUUCUACAUGUAAACGCUCGACUCUAGCUAUGGUUGAGAUGGAGGCCCGACUGGCGGAGGAGAGGCGAGUGGCGGCGGAGGAGAGGGCGGAGGAGAGGCGACUGGCUGAUGAGAGGACGAGGCAAGCGGUGCAGCAGGCGGUGUUGGCACAAACUAGUCAAUGCUUUGCAAUGUUUGCGGCUUAUUGUACCCAGAAUGGUAUGCCCGUUAUGCAGAUGCCUCAUCAAUCAGGCCAUGGAUCUAAUACUGAUGGAUCUUCACAUGCACGAGGCCCAAGCGACAACAACCUUGGUGGUUCUCCGAAUGUUUGAGAUCGAGUUGCCACCUGGAUGCUCUUUGGACUACGACAUGGACAUGAAGGCAUUUGUUGUUGUGCCAAAUCUUAUGUAGUGAUGCCAUCUUUGUACAUUGUGUAUUAUAUGUAUGGGACUAUAUAUAUGCUGUGGAACUAUAUGCUAUGCAAAUUUGUUUUGGGACUAUAUACUAUGGAACUUUGUCCUGUGGGACUAUAUGCUAUGGAACUUUGUUCAUUGUUGCUUAUAUUUGCUA